AUGUGGGCGUUUCUGACCACUCGGCGAGUGCGUAGAAUAGCGUUCGGGUCUGGGACAACUCCGGAGAACACGUCGCAACCAGUGUGGACACGAGCCGUCAUUCCGUCCUCGCCUGACGUGUGGAUAUGGCUUGGUGACAUGGCUUAUCUGGAUGAGCCCGAGGUGAACUGUACACGGUGGCCGUUACAUCCACAAUGUAACUGUACCAGCGACUGGUUUCAACAACGGGGCAUAUCAUGUGUCAGAGGAAACAGCAAGUAUGCCAUCACUCGGAUGCAGCAGCAAUUACAGAACCCAGAUUACAUAAAAUUUCUGCAGUUCAUGUGUCCGCACUACAAGCCGAGCAACGUGACGCCGAUCCCCGAUGGCUCUGAUCCGUCCGCGUGCCCGCGCAGCAUCCUGGGCGUGUAUGAUGACCGGGACUUCGGCUGGGCGCACGGGUACAAACGACUGAUGCACAAGGACCCGCUCAAGACCGUCUUCCUUGACGCCCUGGGCGCGCCCAAAGAGGACCCGCGGCGUGACCGCGGAGAUGGCAUCCAGGCUGUGUACCACCUGAACGAGGCGCUGCCAGGUCAGCAGAUAGACGUGUUCCUAUUGGACGAGCGGUACUACCGGGAGAACCUGCCGUGCCACGUGCGCCGCGAGUUCUGCUCCUCCGUGAUGGACCUCGACAGACCACACAGCUGGCGCUCGUGGUGCGGGGACUUUCUAGGGCGGGAGGUGCCUCGGAAUCGGUGGUCGUGCUGUGACAAGGACGAGAAACUCUUCCAAGCGUGGUGCGGGCACGAGGCGCACCGCAACCACUCCCUGUGGGAAGAGGCGUGCAGUCCAGCUCACGAUGCAUUCGGAUCGCAGAAGAUCAGCGUGCGCAAGAAGGGCAAGGACCCUGCGCUCUGGGACAUAUACAUAGAAGAGCAACCGGAGCCGCAUAACUCGCAGUACUGUGAGGUGCUGGGGCGGCAGCAGCGCCUGUGGCUGCAGGAUGAGUUGCACGACUCCAGUGCGCCCAUCAAGGUCAUUGUCUCGCCCUCGCCGCUCUUUACGAAUCCGCUGCCGCAGCCCUGCUCGCCGUUCCCGAAGGAGCUCUCCACUGCUGCCACGCUUACCGGGCCGUAUGGGUCCGAACCUCCUGAUGAACCGGAUUUUGCAGGCUCGGCAGCAGCAGCAGCAGCAGCACCUUCUGGUGCCAAUGGUUCGGUUUCCGAGCCUCCUUCUACGUCCGUUCCGCCUGUGGCGCCGGUUAUGGAGGACCCAGUUACCAACGUAACACAGUGCACGUGCUCGGGGGACGAUUGGGAGUGUUACAAGCCGGCACAGCUGCACUUUCUGGAAAUGCUCUCGCGGGUCGAGAAGGGGUGUGUGGUGCUGCUGACAGGCGACAUGGGGUACUCAGACAUCAAGGUGUUCCGGCCGGGGCCAGGGCGGGCAUACACAGAUCUCUACCGCAGCUCUCAGCACUACCGCCCCAUCUACCAGGUCAUGGCAAGCGGCUUGACAAGGAGACCACGAAUAGACACGUCCUGCAGUCCAGGCAACGCGUGGACGCAUGACCCGCUCAAGAUGCGGCACCCCUCCGAGUGCUCCAUUGCCCCUGCCCCCUCCUUUGGCAUGGUGGAGGUGGAUUGGGAUAGAGAAAAGUUGGUGAAGCUACAGAAGCGGGUGCCGGCGUGGGUGUUUGGGGAGUUCGAGCAUCCCAUCCGACGUGGCGGCCUGCCGUUGCACGCGUGGAUCGCGUUCAAGGUUCUCAAAGAUGCCGGUUUGGAACCCUACCUGGUGGGCGGGGCAGUGCGCGACCUCUUUUUGGGCCGAAUUCCCAAGGACGUGGACAUCAUAGUGGACGCGUCACCCGCCCACGUGGCACGCGUGUUCCGCGAGCGCAAGUUCCGCCCCGUCGUGAUUGGCCGCCGCUUCCCCAUCUGCCGCGUCUUCCUCAAAAACGCCGUCGUGGACAUUUCCAGUUUCGACAGUGAGCCAACCGUGGUGAUUCCCCCUGCUGUGCCCUCGAAAGACGAUGCACUGUUGGCAGCACCCGCCGCUCAGCCCCCCUCUGCUCCAGAAGCAGAACAGCUUGCAGCAGCAGCAACAGUAGCAGGGGAGGAUGGGAGCACAGAUGGGAGCACAACCGGGGCUGCUGCAGACGGGGCACAGGAGGCAGGGGGGUUGGGAGAGAGCGAGCGCUGGGAGGAGGUAGAUCUGGUGAAGGUUGUAUCUGUGGAGACAGAUGGAUGGGCGGAUGAGAAGGAGGAUGAGGAAGGGGAGGAGGGGGGAGGGGAAAGGGCUGAAGGGGGGGAAGCAGAAGCAGUGCAGGAGGGGUUGGCUGCUGCUGCUGCUGCUGCUGCUGCUGCUGCUGCUGCUGCUGCUGCUGCUGCUGCUGCUGCUGCUGCUGCUGCUGCUGCUGCUGCUGCUGCUUCUGUUGCUGCUGCUUCUGCUGCUGCUGAUGCUGCUGCUGCUGAUGCUGAUGCUGAUGCUGAUGCGCUGAUGCUGAUGCGCUGA